AUGUAUCAUCAGCCAGGAGAGUUCCUCAUUGGUGGCAUAGUUUCCCAUGGUGGCUUCAUCUCCUCUCCAGCAACAUUCACUGAGGAACCCCCACCAGCGCUGCCUGAAGAACUUGUGGUGGUGCCUAAGGUUUACCAGCACAUCAUGGCCUUGGCAUUUGCAGUCAAGGAGAUCAACAAAGACCCUCACAUCUUACCCAAUAUCACCUUGGGUUUCCACUUGUAUGACAGCAAUAACAAUGCAAGAAACACAUAUUUUGCCACACUGCUGCUUUUAUCCAGGGUGGAGAAAUUUCUUCCUAACUAUAUAUGUGAUGUUGAAAGUAAUCUGGCAGGGGUCAUUGGGGGACUUGAUUCUGAAAUCUCCUUUUAUGUGGCAACUGUUUUGGAUAUCUAUAAGAUUCCACAGCUCAUUUAUGGCUCUGCUCCGGUGAUGAAUGAUAAAAGCCCAGGGCUUCCCUUCUACCAGAUGGCACCCUCGGAAGCCCUUCAGUAUGAGGGAAUUCUCUCUUUGCUUCUGCAUUUCAGGUGGAUGUGGAUUGGAGUCAUUGCAACAGACAAUGACAAUGGAGAAAGAUUUGUGCAAACCAUUUCCCCAAUGUUUACCAAGAAUGGCAUCUGCUUUGCAUUCCUAGAAAGAAUCCCCAAUUUUAGUUUUAUUUCUGAAAUUACUGACAUGCUACAACAGGGUGCAACAAUAAGCCAGAAAAUUUUUAUCAGCAAAGCUAACGUAGUGCUUGCCUCUGGAGAAUCUUACUCCAUGGCAACUUUUAGAUGGCUUCCAAACCUAUCAGAACACGAUGACAUAAAAAAUAAUGUAAAAAGUAAAGUAUGGAUAAUAUCAGCCCAGGUUGAGUUUGCUUCAUUUGUCUUUCAAAGGAACUGGGAUUCAAGAGUAUUCAAUGGUGCUAUAUCCUUUGAAAUUCACUUCAGAAACCCACCAGGAUUUCAUCAGUAUGUUGUGCACAGAAACCCUUCCAGCACAGAUGGAGACGGCUUUAUCAGGGAAUUCUGGCAACAGGCCUUUGAAUGUGUACUCCCAGAUAUCACUGCAGACAAGACAGAGGGGAAUAUUUGCUCCGGAGAAGAGAAACUGGGGGACCUUCCUGGAUCACUUUUUGAAGUGAGCAUGACAGGCCACAGUUAUAGCAUCCACAGUGCUGCCUACUCCGUGGCCCAUGCUUUACAUGCCAUGUCUUCCAGACUCAGGCACAGAGGAAUAGCAUUCAGAGUGAGAGGGAAGAAUCUGAAUCAACAGUCUUGGCAGCUCCAUAACUUUCUGAGAAAUAUCUCAUUUAACAAUACUGCAGGAGAUGUGGUCUUCAUCAACCAGAAUGGAGAGGCAACAUCUAGCUUGGAUAUUGUCAAUUGGAUCAUAUGCACCAACCAAAGUUUGCACCGAGUGAGAGUUGGGAGGAUAGAUCCACAGGCUCCUCCUGGCCAAUCAUUUCUCCUUGAUGAAGAUGCCAUCACAUGGCACAGUUGGUUUAACCAGACUCAGCCUCUUUCAGUCUGUACUGAGCGUUGUCUUCCAGGAUCCAGCAAGAAAGUGAAGGAGGGACAGCCACCUUGCUGCUACGAUUGCAUCCCAUGUGCAGAGGGGAAGAUUGCAAACCAGGAUGAUAUGAAUGACUGUAAUAAAUGCCCAGACAAAGACUAUCCAAGCAAGAACCAAGAUGCAUGUCUACCCAAGGAUAUCAGCUUUUUGUCUUAUGAAGAACCUUUGGGCAUCAGUUUAGCCUGCUGCUCUCUUUCCCUUUCCUUGAUCACAGCUCUGGUACUAGGUAUAUUUAUGAAACACCAUGACACACCCAUUGUCAUUGCAAACAACCGAAACCUCACCUACACUCUCCUCAUCUCUCUCCUGCUCUGCUUCCUGUGUGCAUUGCUCUUCAUUGGCCAACCUGAGAAGGUGACGUGCCUCCUCCGACAAACAGCUUUUGGCAUCAUCUUCUCAACUGCUGUUUCUUGUGUCCUGGCAAAAACCUUCACUGUGGUUUUGGCCUUCAUGGCUACAAAACCAGAAUCCAGGAUGAGGAAAUGGGUAGGGAAAGGACUAGGCCACUCCAUUCUCCUUUCCUGCUCCAUAGUCCAAGCAGGAAUAUGUACUGUGUGGCUGGCAACCUCUCCCCCAUACCCAGAUGUGGACAUGCACUCAAUGACAGAAGAAAUUAUACUAGAAUGUAAUGAAGGGUCUGUAACAAUGUUUUAUUGUGUCCUCAUGUAUAUGAGCUGCCUGGCAACUGUAAGUUUUGUUGUGGCUUUCCUCGCCAGGAAGUUACCGGACAGUUUCAACGAAGCCAAGUUUAUCACCUUCAGCAUGUUGGUCUUCUGCAGUGUUUGGCUGUCCUUUAUUCCCUCCUACCUGAGCACCAAGGGGAAAUAUACUGUAGCUGUGGAGAUCUUCUCCAUCUUAGGCUCCGGUGUUGGGUUGCUGGUUUGCAUCUUCUUCCCCAAAUGUUACAUAAUCAUUCUGAGGCCAGAGCUGAACAAUAGGGAACAGCUAAUAAGGAAGAAAAAUUAAAGAAAUAAUACACCUGUC